CCCCCAAAGGCAGAGACAACAAAAGAAGUUGUAUUUAGAGCAAAACAAGAGUUCUUAAACUACAAAGAUGUUUGCCAGAAUGUCUGAUCUCCAUGUUCUGCUGUUAAUGAUUCUGGCGGGAAAGACAGCCUUUGGGGCACUACAGUGAAACAGAAAACUGAAGAUUCUGCUGGAGGUGGAGGAAGCAAAUAUACGAAACUGCCUAGACUGGGUACCAGGAAAAUGCAUCAUACUGACAGCAGCUUCCUGGCCACUGAGAACCAAAGGGAAGCCUGUCAGAAGACGGAGCUCCUGUUUCCUAAGACAGAGUUAUCCCUGCUGUCUUUUCUCACAGAGCCGGACCCAGAUUGGACUCCUGACCAGUAUGAGUACAGCCAAGAGUAUCAUAACCAGGAAGAGAAUGCCAGCAGCACCCCUGCCUAUUCUGACAACCCUGACUGGUACUACGAAGAGGAUGACCCAUGCCUGUCCAACCCCUGUACACAUGGUGGGGACUGCCUCAUCAGUGGGGCCACCUUCACGUGCCGCUGUCCGGACCCUUUCUCUGGAAACAGGUGUCAGAAUGUGCAAAACAAGUGCAAAAACAACCCAUGUGGCCGGGGAGACUGUCUCAUUACUCAGAGUCCUCCUUACCACCGCUGUGCCUGCAAACAUCCUUACAGGGGUUCAGACUGCUCCAGAGUGGUUCCUGUGUGCAGGCCAAAUCCCUGCCAAAACCGUGGCACCUGCUCCCGGCAGAGGCGGAGGUCCAAGUUCACCUGUGCCUGUCCUGACCAGUUCAAGGGGAAGCUCUGUGAAAUAGGUCCUGAUGACUGCUAUGUUGACGACGGCUACUCUUACCGAGGGAAAGUGAGUAAGACAGUCCACCAGCACUCGUGCCUUUACUGGAACUCCCACCUCCUCUUGCAGGAGAAGUACAACAUGUUUAUGGAGGACGCUGAGGCCCACGGGAUUGGGGAGCACAAUUUCUGCAGAAACCCAGAUGGAGACAAAAAGCCCUGGUGUUUCAUUAAAGUAAACAAUGUGAAGGUGAAAUGGGAGUACUGUGAUGUCCCCGCCUGCUCUGCCUUAGACGUUGCCAACCCAGAGGGAAGACCCGCUGAGCCCUUGACCAAGUUUCCUGAGUUUGGGUCCUGCGGGAGGACCGAGAUAGCAGAGAAGAAGGUCAAGAGGAUCUUUGGAGGCUUUAAGAGCACGGCGGGCAAGCAUCCGUGGCAGGCAUCCCUGCAGACCUCACUACGACUGACCGUCUCCAUGCCCCAGGGCCACUACUGUGGGGGGGUGCUGAUCCACCCGUGCUGGGUGCUGACUGCUGCCCACUGCACUGAGAUAAAAACCAAAUAUCUGAAAGUGGUACUUGGAGAUCAGGACCUGACGAAGACGGAAUUCCAUGAGCAGAGCUUUGGGGUGCAGAAGAUUUUCAAGUACAGCCACUAUAUUGAAAUAGACGACAUUCCCUACAACGAUAUUGCCUUGCUCAAGCUAAAGCCAGUGGAUGGUCAUUGUGCCCUGGAAUCCAAAUAUGUGAAAACUGUCUGUUUGCCCGAUGGUCCCUUUCCCUCUGGGACUGAGUGCUCUAUCUCCGGCUGGGGUGUCACAGAAACAGGAGAAGGGUCCCGCCAGCUCCUGGAUGCCAAGGUCAAGCUGAUCAGCAACACAAUAUGCAACUCCCGCCAACUCUAUGACCACUCAGUCGACGACAACAUGAUUUGUGCAGGAAACCUCCAGAAGCCUGGACAAGACUCCUGCCAGGGCGACUCCGGAGGCCCUCUGACCUGUGAGAAGGACGGCACCUCCUACAUCUAUGGGAUCGUGAGCUGGGGCCUGGAGUGUGGGAAGAAGCCAGGGGUCUACACCCAAGUGACCAAAUUCCUAAUGUGGAUCAAAGCCACCAUGGAGAAGGAGGCUAGCUUCUGAGGUGUCUUGUGAGGCUCACAGCCCGUCCUGUGAACACCCAGACAAGGCGAGGCCCUGUGGGCAGCAAUGGAUGGCCCCUGGAGCCUCUGAGUACACAGGCUCUAAGCAGAGACCACUGCUGCCCAGCCCAGGGCACCUGGGACCAGCAUGGCCCCCGCUUCCUCAGGCUCCCUCCUGGGAAACCCAGAAAUGAGAGAAUCAACCUGAAGUGCAUAAUGUUUGCUUCCCUUCCAACAAUCGUAGCUUCUAGAAAAUCAGUGUUCACAGCCUGCCUUCACCUGGGACACUGGCAAGUGAGAGCUUUCAGACGGCUCAGCAUCGGUGGGGGUCACCUUUACGUCUUUAUUCCUCAGACACUCAAGGUGCACAACAGGGCCAGCCACCCACUGCUAGGUGUUAGACAGAGGACAAAACACAACAUUCUCCACCCAUUUUCAUGGAGCUGUUAUUUUAAUAAAGGAGGGCUCGGGCAGGGGCGCCAUUUUCACAGCUGGCUCCGACUGAA